AUGGCAGACAAAGAUGAGGUUGCGUGGAUCGAAGAGCAAGCGGUCGCCAGCAAGGCUCACAACGGGCAUGACUCCAAGGAAGUUGAUGAGCGUCUUGAAGAGCUUGUCAGGACCGAAGUAUCGCGUAUUGAACUCACGCCGGAGGAGAAGAAGAGAGUUAUUCGAAAACUGGACUUGUGGAUAGUUCCCCAAGUUACCUUUUUUUACCUUUUGGCGUACCUUGAUCGCGGCAACAUUGGAAACGCUAAAAUUGCGGGAAUGCAAACUGACCUGAAUCUGAUGGGAAUCAAAUACAACGUUGUGGUCAUGGUCUUUUUCAUUCCCUAUGGCCUUCUUGAAGUACCAAGCAAUAUCGUCUUAAAGAUGGUCCGGCCGUCCUUGUGGAUCUCAUUCCUGAUUGUUGCUUGGGGGAUUGUGAUGACUCUCAUGAGUCAGGUUCAAUCUUACGGUGGUCUCAUUGCGGCCAGAUUCUUUCUCGGUGUUGCCGAGGCAGGACUCUUUCCUGGGAUAUCUUAUUUCUUGACCAUAUGGUACGAACGAUACCAGGUCCAAACGCGGUUUGCCGUUUUCUACGCUGGUGCAUCUCUCGCCGGCGCGUUCUCUGGCCUACUGGCCUUUGCUAUACAGCAUAUGGAUGGUGUUGCUGGGCUCGCUGGAUGGAGGUGGAUUUUCUUAUUAGAGGGGCUAUUCACAGUUUUAUGCGGCUUGGUUGCCGCCUUCACCAUCCCUGACAGCCCCCAACGCGCUAGGUUCCUCGAAGAGGACGAGAAGAAGUUUGUAGUCGGCAACUUGCAAAUGCAGACCGGCUCGGGACAGGGCCGCGUCACCAACGAUGAAAAGAUCGAUAGGAAAUAUAUCAUUGCUGCCUUCAAGGAGUACAAGUUAUGGCUCGGUUGUCUCAUGUGGCUCGGCAAUGGAAUUCCUGUCUACGGAUUCACUUACACAGCCCCGACGGUGGUCGUGCAAUUGGGAUAUACCACCACAAAAGCUCAACUCAUGGUCGUUCCUAUCUACGUCUGCGCAACAAUUGUGACUGUGCUUCUUGCACUUGCUUCCGACAGAGUCAAGCAGCGAUCUCCAUUCGUGAUUGGCGGUUUCCUGGCAGGAGCGUGUGGUUUCCUCGCUCUGAUCAUUAUCCCACAUCCCAAGUAUCCUGGUGUGACAUAUGGCUUCCUAUUCCUCGCCGCAAGUGGAAUUUUCUGCCCCAUUAUGCCCGCCUUAGGUUGGUUCGCGAACAAUAUGGCCCCAUCAUCCAAGCGUGCUGUUGGUAUGGCAAUACUUUUAACAGUGGGCAAUCUCGUCGGUGGUCUAUUUGGCUCAAACAUCUACCUCGAAUCCACCAAGCCUCGCUAUUUCCCGGGGUAUGGGAUCAGUUUCGCCAUCAUGCUAACAGCGGCCGCUCUCGCGUUUGCGUUGCGCAUCCUGUAUCAGCGCGAAAAUACUAGGAGAGACCGUAUGGAUCCAGAUGAGAUUCGGGAGAAAUACAGUGAAGGUGAAUUGUUGGAUAUGGGGGAUAAAAGUCCGUUCUUCAGAUACACCCUUUAA